AACAUCGAGAAGGUUCGCGAGUUCAGCCAUUCGUGUGGAUUUCCGUGGCGUUCGUUGUGUCCCGCUGAUCGGCAUUGUUUUGACGGAGGAGGGAAACUGACGCCUUCGGACUCUAAAUUCACUCAAACAUGCAACCACAAAUCAUCUUACUGAAGGAAGGGACAGACUCCUCCCAGGGGAAGCCUCAGCUCAUCUCCAACAUCAAUGCCUGCGCUGCUGUUGUUGAUGCCAUCCGGACCACCCUUGGUCCGCGUGGCAUGGACAAGCUUAUUGUCGAUAAUAGAGGCAAAGCCUGCAUCAGCAAUGAUGGUGCAACAAUCAUGAAGCAGCUGGACAUUGUACAUCCAGCAGCCAAGACCCUGGUUGAUAUUGCUAAGUCACAGGAUGCUGAGGUUGGAGAUGGCACCACAACAGUUGUGCUUUUGACUGGUGAGCUCCUGCAACAGUGCAAGAACCUCAUUGAAGAAGGGGUCCACCCACAUGCUGUUGUCAGGGCUUUCAGAAAAGCUACAGGACUUGCUGUAGGCAAGAUCAAUGAGUGUGCUGUGAAGAUCAACAAGCAAGACCCGGCUGAGCUGCGAUCCAUCCUUGAGAAGUGUGCUGGAACUUCCCUCAACAGCAAACUCAUUCACCAACAGAAGGAUUUCUUUGCCAAGAUGGUUGUAGAUGCUGUUAUGUCCCUAGAUGACCUCAUGCCCCUGGACAUGAUUGGUAUCAAGAAGGUGACUGGUGGUGCCCUUGAGGUGAGUUUGACUGCUCCUUGGACACCUUUUUGGUUUGUUGCAGUGAACUUGUAUACAAUACAAAGAUUAAACUCGGUGGCUGAUAUAAAAUUUAAAAUCCCACCCUUUGGGCAGUUCAGGUUAAAUGACACAAAGAUACACAUGAAGAGGAUGGCCAUAUUUCUUGUUUGUGCAGUUUUCUCUUGCCCUCAGGAAUACCAAAAAAUUGUUGACACAGAAUGGAACAUCCUUUAUGAGAAGCUUGACCUCAUUCACAAGUCUGGUGCCAAGGUUGUGCUUUCUAAGCUUCCCAUUGGUGAUGUUGCCACUCAGUAUUUUGCAGACAGAGACAUGUUCUGUGCUGGCCGUGUAGUUGAAGAGGACUUGAAACGAACCAUGAAGGCUUGUGGAGGUGCCAUCAUGACCACAGCCCAUGAUCUUAAUGAAUCAGUUCUUGGUACCUGCGAGCUCUUCGAGGAGAAGCAGAUUGGUGCAGAAAGGUAUGGAUACUUAGUGCCCCCGGGCAAAACCUGCAUUUUUUGGUUGCGUGGUGGUGCUGAACAGUUCUUGGAAGAGACUGAAAGAUCUUUACAUGAUGCCAUCAUGAUUGUUCGUAGGGCACUGAAGCAUGAUGCUGUUGUUGCUGGUGGUGGUGCAAUUGAGCUUGAAGUAAGCAGACAUCUUCGUGAAUAUUCCCGUUCCAUUGCAAGCAAGGAACAGCUGUUCUUGGCUGCAUAUGCGAAGGCUUUAGAAGUUGUUCCUCGACAGCUUUGUGACAAUGCUGGUUUUGACUCCACAACUAUUCUUAACAAAUUAAGAGCAAGACAUGCUGAAGGUGGCAAGUGGUUUGGUGUUGACGUUAUGAGCGAAGACAUUGCAGACAACUUCAUUGCAUGUGUGUGGGAGCCAGCGCUAGUGAAGAUCAAUGCUUUAACUGCAGCAUCCGAAGCAGCAUGCCUUAUCCUCUCUGUAGAUGAGACAAUCAAAUCCCCACGGUCUUCACAUGAUGCUCCUCAAGGCCCCAUGCCAGGCAGGGGACGUGGCCGCCCAAUGUAAACAGCGCAUUUAGUUGCUCCACUGGGGUUUGUGAAGGAAGGAAUACGAAGCCUAUUAACAGGAAACUAAUUUACUGGAAUGGCAAUUAUGUUCGUGCACAGUCUCGUCUGAUUAAAGUCAGUUCACUCUGUAACCAGUGAAAAUUAAAACAUGAAAGUUCUGCUUACUACAACUAAGUUAUCCUUUCGUAUUAUAAUAAAAUGCUUUAACUACUUCA